AUGGGCCCACAUCCGGACGGAACGGGCGGGCCGGGCUCCGGCGGGGCGAGGAAGGCCCGGCCCGGGCCAAGGUCACCCGCUAGCCCAGCCCGGCGCAGGGGUCCCGCCCGGGUCCCCGCCAGGACCCGCCCCCCGGGCACCGCCCCCGGCGGCCGCGAGCAGGAGAGCAAGGCGGAAGUCGGGAAGCGGCCAAUGAGCGGCGCGAGGAGCCGGGGCGUGUGUAAGAGGCUCCGCCAAUCGCUGUCGGCCCGGCAGCGCUGCUUCCAGGGCCGGGCCGCCGGGCGAACCGUCCUCCCCGGCCAUAGGUGGGGCCGCGCGGCUCGGGGCGGGUCUGAGCCGGCCUCCCCCAAUGGGCGGUGGCCCGGGAGGGGGCGUGGCCGCGACGCGGGGACCGGCGCGGGGCGGCGGCGCUCGGUGCCCUUGGCGCACUCGGCGCAGUCCGCGCUGCCGGCGGCUGCCGCAGUGGAGCAUGGCGGGCCUGGGCGUCCGGGGCCGGGCGCCCGCGCGGCUCUGCCCGCCUGGAAGCGCGAGAUCCUGGAGCGCAAGCGGGCCAAGCUAGCCGCGCUGGGCGGCGGCGCGGGGCCGGCGGCCGGGGCCGGGGCCGGGGCCGGUGCGGGCGCCGAGCAGCUGGUGCUGGCCGAGAGCCUGGGCCCGCUGCGCGAGAACCCGUUCAUUGCGGCUCGAGGCGGCGCGGCGGCGCGGGGCGGCCGGGGCGCGGCGGGGCGGCCGGGGGCGCGGCCGCUGCUGGAACUGUGCGCGCGCGUGCCGGGCAUCCGCACCAUCCGCGCCGACAACAUCCUCAUCAUCGAGUCGGCGCCCGGCUUCGCGCCCGCCCCGCCGCCGCCCCGGGGCCGCCCGGCCGCCGAGAUCCGCGCCGCCGAGGUGCUGGUCUACGAGGCGCCGCCGCCGCCGGGCCGCGUCAGCCGCCUGCUGGAGAAGUUCGAACCCGCCGCCCGGCCCCGCGCCGCGCGCCCCGCCCCGCCGCGCCGCCGCGCCAGCCCCGAGCGCGCCCGCCCGCCGCCGCCCCCGGAGCCCCAGCCGGCGCCAGCGGCCCCCGGCCCGCGCGUGGGCGAGCGCGCGGCCUGGUUCGAGCGGGAGCGCUGCGGCGGCGGGGCCGGCCCCGGGGCCCGGCGCAGCGACUUCCUGCAGAAGACCGGCAGCAACUCCUUCACCGUCCACCCCCGGGGCCGGCCCCGCGGCGCGGGCGAGCGCCCCGUCACCAACGGGCCCGCUGCCCUCGAGCCCCAGGCCGGCUCUGCAAACGGCCUCGCGGGCUCCCCGACUGGGCCAGCCCUUCCCGGCGCGGCCCAGGGCUGGGGCGACUGGAAGCCAAAGGUGGAGGCGGAGGCGCGCCCUCUGCACCUGCCCCCCAGCCCCGGGCCCCCCAGUGCCACUCCAGCCGUGUCCCCUGCCUUCCCCGCCCCCAGCCCCGCCAGUGCCACUCCCAGCCAGCGCCGGUGGGUCUCCGCGGCCACCAGCGCCAACGACUCCUUCGAAAUCCGGCCGGCGCCCAAGCCAGACUUGGCGACCAUCCCAGCGGGGGACCUGCAGGCGCAGGCCCUGGCCAGCCUCCGCGCCAGCUCCCGGAACUCCUUCGUCUUCAUCCCCAAGCGCAAGGCCUGCGGGACCUGUCCCCCCGGGGGAAGGCAGUCUGUGGAGCAGCCAAAGGGAGAGGUGGGCUGGGUCUCCCGACUGCGGGAGCCUGCAGCCCAGCUGGUGCCUGGAGCUGGAGAGCCUGCCAGAGCAAGGAGCCCCUUGGGGGCUGAGGAACUGUGGGCAGCAGAGCAGAGGGGCUCCCCUGGACCAGCCACUGCCCUCGUCACCAGGGCUGUCUGGUGGCAGAGACCAUCCUCGCCACCCCCUUCCCUGCUGGCUGCCACCGAAGCUGAGCCAGCUGAGGGUUUGGGGGCUUCUGGCCUGACCAAGAACGGCUGGGAGCCUGGGAGAGCAGGGCUCCCCGUCACCUUCAUUGAUGAGGUGGACUCAGAUGAGGAGACCCCUGGAGAAGCCAGACUGCCCUGUCCAGGGGCUGGGGUGCCUGCCUGCAACUGUGUACACCUGGCUCGGCCAGAGCCCGCUUCGGAGUUCUACCACCGAGGUGGUAACACCUUCACGGUGGUGCCCAAGGGGAAGCCGGGGGUGCUGGAGGAACAGGCCAAUGGGGGACCCUGGCCGAGGCAGGAGGAGGUGGCGGCGGGACCCCACCCCACCCAGGGGACUUUGCCGAAGAAGCGCUACCCCACCGUGCAUGAGAUCGAGGUCAUCGGGGGCUACCUGGCCUUGGAGAAGUCCUGCCUCACCAAGGCCGGGUCCUCUAGGAAGAAGAUGAAGAUCUCCUUCAACGACAAGAGCCUGCAGACCACGUUUGAGUACCCCUCCGAGGGCUCCCUGGUGCAGCAGGAGGAGGCAGACGGGGAUGGAGAGCAGGCCGAGGAGGAGGAGGAUGGCGAGCUGGAGGACGAGCAGGAGGGGACAGGCUCCCAGGGGGCUGCCGGGAGGCCCUUGGGGCUCUUUCUGCCCCGGGCCACAUUUGUCACCAGCGGGGGCCCUGAGGGAGCGCGGCUGCCUGCCGGCAGCUCAGGCCUGUCCAGCUACACCCCCAAGCACUCCAUGGUCUUCAGCAAGUGGCGGGAGCAGACGCUGGAGCCGGCUCUGGGAGAGGGAGAUCCGCUCCUGAAGGAGAUCCUGCUCACGCCUGCUGGUCACAGUGAUCUCUCGGACUUCCGCAGCGAGCCAGCCCUGUACUUCUGACACCGUACAGCCAGGAUGAGCAGGCCGGGCCUGAGGUGGCCUGUGGACCAGGCAGUGCCCUGGAGCCCGCUCCCUCUGCCCUGCAAUGCGCCACCUCCCCUCCUGUCCUCCCAGCACACCAGCCCGGGCGGGGGCCUAUCUGGGCCUCACUCCUGUGGGUGGGCACUGCCCAAGGGGGAGAGCGGGGGUCCUGUGGGACAGUGGCCUUGUCUGGGACCAUUGGGGUCUCGGCAGAUAGUGGCCCGAGGCUGCCCUGUCCUGCCUGCCAAGCCCUGGCUCCCAGCCUCCACCCGCCAGGCCCAGCUGCUUUGGGGUGGACUGUGGGGUGAGGGGCUGGUGCAGUGUCUGUUAUCUGCAGGGACCCCAUGGUCCUUCUCAGCCACCCACUCCCCUGGUGAUGUCUAUCCUUUCUGAUGAAUGGACUCAAUAAACAGCACUGGACAAGG